AUGAGCGAGAAGCAGCGCCUGAAGCUGGACAAGUUCGCCAAGAAGAAGGAGAAGCUCGCCCAGGAAGCCCUGCUGAAGGAGCAGCAGGGAACAAGCGCCUCCAAGGCGAAGAAGGCCAAGGAGCAGCAAGCCCCUGCGGUGCAGUCGAAGGAUUGGGUCGAGAAGACGCCCGCUGGACAGAAAAAGAUCUUGAAAUCGUUGGACGAUGACUUCACCAAGGCUUACUUGCCUGCUGUUGUGGAAUCUGCCUGGUACAGCUUCUGGGAGAACCAGGGAUUGUUCAAGCCGCGGACAGAGGAGGAUGGUAGUCUCAAGCCAAAGGGCAAAUAUGUCAUUGCCAUCCCACCACCCAAUGUGACUGGAAAACUACAUAUUGGACACGCCCUGGCGCUUUCGCUAGAAGACACCCUGAUCAGAUGGCAUCGGAUGCGGCAGUUCUCAACGCUUUACAUCCCUGGCUGCGAUCAUGCGGGGAUUGCCACGCAGGCCGUCGUCGAGAAGCAGCUCGCUAGAAACCCGAUCAAUGGCAAGUCAAAGCGGCAGGACUUUACUCGGGCUGAAUUCGUGCAGUUGUGCCAGGACUGGAAGGAGGAUUAUCACACAGCCAUCAACAAAACCGUGCGCAAACUCGGCGUCUCUGUCGAUUGGUCAAGGGAGGCCUUUACCAUGAGCCCGGGGCUAUCCAAAGCAGUUACCGAGACCUUUGUGCGACUGCACUCUGAAGGACUCAUCUACCGCGCCAACAGGCUGGUGCAUUGGUCGUGCCGUCUCUCCACAGCUUUAUCCACGCUUGAAGUCGACCAGAAGGAGCUUGAGGGGACGACGAAGCUGGACGUGCCAGGCUAUGAGAGGAAGAUUGAAUUUGGAACCCUCACGUAUUUCAAAUACCAGGUCGAGGGCUCUGACCAGACGAUCGAGAUUGCCACCACGCGUCCGGAGACAAUGUUGGGUGAUACCGGUAUUGCUGUCCACCCCCAGGAUGAACGAUACAAGGAUUUCGUAGGCAAGACUGUGCAACACCCUAUCAUCCAUGGUAGGAAGUUGAGGAUCAUUGCCGACGAAUAUGUGGACAGGCAGUUUGGUACUGGUGCUGUCAAACUCACUCCUGCCCAUGACCAUAACGAUUUCAACCUGGGCAAGAAACACGGUCUGCCAUUUAUCAACAUUCUCAACGAGGACGGUACUCUGAAUAGUAAUGCGGGUCCUUUUGCCGGAGAAAAGCGGUUCAAUGCACGGUACGGUGUUAUUGAGGAACUCAAGAAGCUGGGCCUUUACACCAAACAAGAGUCUAACAAGAUGGUUGUCCCCAUUUGCAGCCGGUCAGGGGAUAUCGUCGAACCGUUCCUGAAACCCCAAUGGUGGAUGAAGAUGGAACCGUUGACGAAGCCCGCCAUUGAAGUGGUUGAGACUGGAGAGCUGGCUAUUCGCCCAGAGGUACAGAGGCGACAGUACCUGCAAUGGAUGCGAAACCUCCAGGACUGGUGCCUGUCGAGACAGCUGUGGUGGGGACAUCAGAUCCCAGCGUACUUCGUCAACAUCGAGGGUGAAGACGGCGGCGAAGAUGCCGAUGACAACUACUGGGUAUGCGGCCGAACAGAAAGUGAAGCGCUUGAAAAGGCAAAGCAGAAGUUCCCCGGCAAGACGAUCACCCUCAGGCAAGACGAGGAUGUCUUGGAUACCUGGUUCAGCUCUGGGCUUUGGCCCUUUAGUACCCUCGGAUGGCCAGAGAAGACGGCGGAUCUCGAAAAGUACUUCCCUACUACGACCCUGGAGACAGGCUGGGAUAUUCUACCAUUCUGGGUCAGCCGCAUGAUCAUCUUCUCUCUUAAGCUCACUGGAAAGGUGCCCUUUACUGAGGUCUACUGCCACGGCUUGAUUCGUGAUAGCGAAGGCCGGAAGAUGUCCAAAUCACUGGGAAACGUUGUCGACCCGGUUGAUAUUGUUGACGGGAUCAGCCUCGACGGUCUGCACCAAAAGCUGCUGCAGGGCAACCUGGCCCCGGGGGAGGUCAAGACCGCCCAAAGAUAUCAGAAGAAGGCUUUCCCCCAGGGCAUUCCCGAGAUCGGGGCCGAUGCCUUGCGCUUCUCCCUCGUAAAUUACACGCAGGCUUCUGGCGGUGACAUCAACUUUGAUAUCAAGACGAUGCACGGCUACCGGAAGUUCUGUAACAAGAUCUACCAGGCUACAAAGUAUGCCCUUGGCAGACUGGGCGAAGAUUUCCUUCCUCGCGAGAGCAACGCUCUGACAGGGAGGGAGAGCUUGCCAGAGCGAUGGAUCUUGACGAAGCUGAGCACGGCCGCAAAGGAGAUCAACCAGGCUCUGGAGCAGCGAGAAUUCGCCAGGUCAACCCAGAUCAGCUACCGGUUCUUGUACGAUGAGCUGUUUGAUGUCUACAUUGAGAGCUCGAAGACGAUCAUCUCAGAUGGCACGCCCGAGGAAUCCCGUUCUGCACAGGACACGCUCUAUACCGCAAUCGAGACUGGCUUGCGGAUGGUGGCUCCGUUUAUGCCCUUCCUGACUGAAGAGCUCUGGCAACGUCUCCCACGCAGACCCAACGACGAUACACAGUCAAUCACCGUUGCCAAUUACCCGGAGUAUGAGCCGUCCUUUGCUGACCCGAAGUCUGAGGCCGCCUACGAGCUUAUCCUGGGCUGCUCAAAGGGCAUCCGUUCCCUCCUGGCAGAAUACGCCGUUAAGGAUAAAGGCGUCGCCUAUAUCACACCUCUGAACCAAGAGUCGCACGAUACCAUCCCAGCCCAGCUCCUCACAAUCCGGUCCCUCAGCGGUAAAACACCAGUGGAUAUCAACAUCCUCAAUGUUUGUGAAGGGGUCCCUGCAGGCUGUGCCGUCUUCCCUGUUUCCGCUGCUGCCAAUGUCUACCUUGAAGUCAAGGACCGCAUUAACGAUGCUAAGAAAGAGGUUGCCAAGUUUAAAGCGAAGCUGACUGAAGCGCAAAGGGAUCAGCAGGAUAUAGAGUCCAUCACGGCAGAGCUGCACAGGGUCCAGGAUAAGGAUGUGACCGAGGCCCUGCAAUCAGCCGAACGCCGGAAGCGAGAUGUCGGUGCUGCCUUGUGUGCAUUGAAAGAGACUGUCGCGAUGUUUGAGAAGAUGGCUGUUCAGAUUAUGGUGGACUAA